CGAACCAGAUUCCUCUUGUUUCGAGUCCGUCUAUCAGAGGCUUUCCUCGGGUUAAGGUCGAAUUGGCAUCAAACGUCCUUGCAUCGCACGACUAGCGCUGCAUCUAUAAAGAACGUGCCUGUUGCCUACUACCCAGCUUCAACGACUAAUUGACUAACUUUGCUGACCCAAAAAUCAUCAUUGAUUGCUUCUUCCAUUUACAAUAGUUAAUCAUGAAGCUCCUCAGUGUCAUUGGUGGCCUCUCCGGCUAUGCCGCCGCCCUCGAGCUCACCGCUCCGCUCUUCGGUGACGCGGGCAGCGUCGGUGAGAGGCGAAUCCCAUCGAGCUACGAGUCGGCCGUUAUGGGCCGUCGAGUUUUGGCUCUCACGAAGCUCGGUACCUUGUCCACUGUAUUUCCCAAGUCGUCAUCUUCUAGCGAUGCCGACACGGCGGAGAGACGACCGGACGGUCUCGAGGGUUUGCCCGUCGGGCUUCUUGAUUACAUAGCUGAUUGCGAAGAUGAAGGCAAUCCAACGAUUCUAGCCAUCAAGAUCGCUACCAGCUUCAAGAACGUCCGCGCUGGCUCCAACAUCACCCUGUCUGUGGAGUGGACUCCCCCGUACCCGCCGUCCAAGCGCAUCCCGCUUCUAUCCCGCCUCUCCGCGUACGUGCCGUUCUUAGGCAACAAGGACUACAACGAAGCCUCGCCUUUUGCCGAGUCAGACUCGCCUCCAGACACGGUGCCCUACUCUGCUGCCAACCUGCCCAGGUUCUCGCUCAUCGGCUAUCUGGAACCGAUCAAUCCGGAUAUUAAGGAGGCGGUUCGGCUUGCUUCGUGCUACACCACCAAACAUACCGACGCCAAGUACUGGCUGCCUGGCAACCCCAUUCACGCCAGCGAAUGGGCCAGGCUGGUUGUUACGCAGGUGUACUGGAUUGGCGGGUUCGGCGACCGUGCGUACAUUGGAUGGAUUCCCAUUGACGAGUGGAAGAAGGUGACCAAGGAGGAAUGGCAGAGCAUCCAGCUCCCUGGCGAGAAGAAAGGCUGGAGCGAGUGGAGCGUCAAUGAGGCCGGGGCUGGUGAGCUUUGAUGAGUGCGUGACUCGAGUUUCGAGGCUGUACAAUGUGACGGACCAUGUGUUGUGUGAUGCUAGCGGUAGUACCAAGUAGCACCGGUAAUAUUGCGUUUCUUUGUUGUUUCAUCUUCUGUUUGCCUCACCGGUUGCGGUCUGGAGUUUGACCCUGUCAGUACAUCUAGCCGUACUACCAUCACGACUUGGACAGCUUCGGAUACAUGCAAUCGAAGGAGGCCUCUUUCUGAAUCGAUAGCGCCCUUUGCCCAUCACGAUGCUCACAGUUACCUGGCAAUAAGAAGGAAAGCACUCUUAAUAUCAUACUAUGUGUAUGCGCAU